AUGGGACAAGAAGACGUACAGAAUGGAAACCAGAAUAAGGACACAGAAAAACCUGUUCACGAUGCUGACAUUUUGGAAAGAAUUGUAUCUCACCUCGGUGACAUGGGAAGAUACCAGAAGAUGUUAUUUGUGGCGAUGCUGCCAGCGGGAUUCACCUUUGCUUUCAUCUACUUUGUGCAAAUGUUUAUUACUGUCACACCACAAAACUAUUGGUGCAGGAUUCCUGAGCUAGCAAACUUGAGUAUGGAGAUGAGAAAAAAUCUAUCAGCGCCUGGUAUAGAUGGUGAUUAUGAUCAUUGCUACACUUUUAACGUUAAUUGGACUGAAGUACUGGAGACCUUGACUCCACCGCCUCAUGGAACGCCUACUAUACCAUGCCAGCAUGGCUGGGAGUUUGACUUCAGUGAUAUACCUUAUCAAACUGUUACUACCGAGAGAGGCUGGGUAUGUGAUCGUAGUAGCUACGUGCCGACGGCACAAGCAACGUUCUUCGUAGGAGCUGUAGUUGGAACAAUUGUCUUUGGCUGGACAGCUGACCGCUUUGGCAGAGUACCUGCCAUAAUAUUAACGAACCUGAUCGGUGGUAUCGGUAGUAUAGGAACCUCAUUCACCACUGAUGUCUGGGACUUUAUGUUGUGCAGAUUUAUCGUCGGCCUGUCAUUUGACAACUGCUUCAUGGUUCUGUACGUUUUAGUUCUGGAAUAUGUCGGUCUUCAAUAUCGCACCUUAGUAGCCAACUUAUCAAUGGCAUUUUCAUUUGCAAUUGCCGGUAUAACGCUACCUUGGAUAGCGUAUUACAUCGCUGACUGGCGCAUACUGAUGUGGGUUACUGCAGCUCCUAUGUUUAUCGUGAUAUUAGCGCCGUGGUUCUUACCUGAGAGUGUAAGAUGGUUGGUCAGCAGAGGGCGUGUCGACGACGCCGUAACUGUGUUGAAAAAGUUUGAGAGAAUUAAUAAAACGACGAUUCCCGAUGAUAUCAUGAAUGAUUUUAAGAUAUUCGCCGAGGAAGCUAGAAAGGAAGAAAGACGCUCCGUCUUAGAAAUGUGCAAAAGCUCACAACUACGAAAGGCAAUGUUCAGUUUGCUACUGAUGUACAUGGGAGGUGGCAUCAUUUUCGAUGGUCUAAUGCGUCUCUCCGACACAUUCGGCUUAGAUUUCUUCGCGUUAUUCAGUUGUUAUGAAGUCUCAGAAUUAGUGGCUAUUUUACUUGUCGUUGUUAUUCUUGAUAAAUUUGGCAGAAGAAGUUCGAGUUCUGCCUCGGCGUUUAUAUCUAGCGUUGCGUUACUUAUCGCAAUAUUUGUGCCUCCAGGUCUGCCUCGAGCUGUUUUGGCUAUAGUAGCACGUCUAUUCAUGAUAACAUGCUUAACUUGUGUAAUGCAGUGGUGCACAGAGAUUAUACCAACCCCCUACAGAGUGUCUGGAGUAUCCAUUCUGCACAUGGGAGCAGUUUUAAUCAAUACUUUGUCACCUUUCGUUGUAUUUUCGGAGCGUGUAUGGAGUAUCUUGCCGAUAUUAAUAUUCACAGGAUCCGCAUUCCUUCUGACCGGUCUCUGUCUAACACUGCCGGAGACUAAGGGUCUACCGAUGCCACAGACUAGAGCUGACGGUGAAAAGAUCAUCAAUGAAAACACUUUAUUUGGAUCAAAAAAGAGAAUUACAACACCAGCGGUACCUUGA